AAGAUGAAGUAAAAGCCAAGCAGAAGUUGUCAAACGGAAUAGCCUUAAGGACUUGUUUAUAAGUUGGCUUUUGUUUAAACUAUUUUGGCUGAUUGUGUAGCAGUCCAGAAUGACAGAAAAAGGCCUGAUUUUAUUAUUCCUGAAACUGCAAGUGUGCUGUUGUUUUUAUACCCAACAUACCUUACCGGAUAUUGAAAAUGCACAGUUUAUUGAAGAAUGUGUCAGAGUGCAUAAUAGAUUCCGAUCAAUGGUGGACCCACCAGCUAGCAACAUGAAACGGAUGAGCUGGGACCAUGAUCUUGCGAAGACUGCUCUUGGCUGGGCAAAUAUGUGCCAAUUUAAACAUAAUCCUGAUCUCAACACAGGGAAGGCCCACCCAAACUUCACAAUAGUUGGAGAAAAUAUUUGGACUGGAACCAUUGGGUAUUUUAAUGUGACUUCAGCCCUCACUUCUUGGCACAGUGAAGUCCAACAUUACAAUUAUGCUACUCGAAUUUGUAAACAUGUAUGUGGGCACUAUACUCAGAUGGUUUGGGCAGAAACUUACAAAGUUGGCUGUGCUGUUCACUUUUGUCCUAUAGUACAAGGCUUUCGUGGAUCUAAUGCUGCACACUUCAUUUGUGACUAUGGACCUGGUGGGAAUUAUCCAAGAUGGCCAUAUAAAUCAGGAGUAACAUGCAGUGAAUGUUACAAAGAGCCUUGCAUAGACAGACUUUGUGGUGAACUAUGGGUGAAGCCAGAUAGUGAUUCCUACUACAUCAUUGUUCUAGUCCUGAGAACAUCUUCAUUUUUAAUAACUUUUGUAACUGUCUUUUUUCUGAAGCAACAUUAUCCCAGAAUGGAUAUGUAUAAAUAAAUUGGAACAAAAAUAAGCACUUUUGUAAGGUAUUAAACAAUGAAUUGAUAAUAAUAGUAAGACAUCCAUGAUUUUUAGAUACAUUUUCAAAAUGUUUUUUUAGGAAUUAAAAAAGUACAAGUAGCAGAAAAAGAUCUUGGACAGGUAAACAUUCAAUAUAAAAUUAUUAUUGAUAACAACAUUCACAAAGUAACAUUCUACUCUGCUUAUCAUACUCUGGCUCUUUGUUGAUCUGAAUGAAAAAAGUAACUCAACAUUCAACUGCAACCAGCAUUUGGAAAGCAAAAUUCUCCAGUAAUAUAACCAAA